AUGCUUCCAUCCAGAGGCUCUGCACAGACGAAGUCUGGUGAAGCAACAUUUUCACAAAGUACUGGCAUGAUUUAUAUAUUUAAUAUUAUUGUUGGCACUGGUGCAUUAGCUCUUCCAAAAGCUUUUCAUGAAGGUGGCUAUGUUCUAAGUACUUUACUAUUAUUAAUCCUUGGAUUUUUCAGUUAUAUCUCAGCAACGUAUAUGAUCGAAGCAAUGGCCAUUGCAAAUUAUAUGCGAAGCAAAAUAGUACAUAGACGUCUGGGUACAAUUGUGCCAACAGUAAACGACGACGAAGAAACUGCCGACGAAUCAGAUCGCGCACCAUUGUUACCGGCAGCAAUUAAUAGCGACGAUAUUUAUGUUUCAACGGGAAAUGAAGAACGUCAUGAUUUUGAUAUUAUCGAAAAAAUUGAAAUGGGUGAAAUGGCCGAUAUGUUUCUCAAUAAAUUGGGCUUGGUGGUCUUUUACUUUUGUAUAUCAUUGUAUCUCUUUGGAGAUUUGGCAAUUUAUGGAUCAGCUGUACCAAAAUCCAUUCGUGAUGUUAUUUGUACAUAUGAACCUGUUAAUUGUAAUACAAGUAUCACAAGUAAUGAUUUAUGCUGGGAAAGUUCAAAAUUAACACGACAUCAUGUUUAUCAAAUAUUUGUGGUUGUAUUCUUUUGGACUUUGGGUUUAUUCGUUUUUGGUAAUGCACAAAAAACGAAAUUUCUUCAGAUGGUUACAACUCUUUGCCGAUGGUCAGCAUUUCUCUCGAUGAUAAUACUUUGUAUUAUUCAUCUUGCCAAGCGAUCGAGUAGUCAACAUCCUGAUCCGAUUCGUCCAGUUAUAUUCCAUUUUCGUAGUCUUCCGCCACUUUUUGGUAUUUGUGUAUACAGCUUUAUGUGUCAUCAUUCAAUACCAAGUAUCAUAUCACCGAUACGUUCAAAAAAUAAACUUUCCUAUUUAUUCGCCUAUGAUUAUAUAUGUAUAACAUUAUUUUAUUUAUUAUUAUCAUUAACAGCCGUCUUUACAUUUGCAAAAUUUGAAGAUCUUUAUACAUUAAAUUUUCGUCCGACAACACGAUGUAAUCAAUCAGCUGUUAAUGUACCUAAAGUUUUAGCAUAUUACAUAGCAUUGUUUCCUGUGUUUACAUUAAGUUCAAGUUUUCCCAUAAUUGGUAUUACGCUUAGAAAUAAUCUGGAGACAGUUUUAAAAUCAUGUUUGAAUGUUCAACGAAAGCAACGUUCUGUUCUUGUUGUAUGUGUUCUAUUGAUACCUUGUACUGUUAGUAUAUUAACCGAAAAUAUUAAUUUUCUUGUUGGUUUUACCGGUUCAUAUGCAGGUGUUGCUGUACAAUAUGUUAUACCAGCAUUGUUAGUUUAUAAUGCACGACGUCAAGCACAGUUAAAACUUCGUGGGCCAAUUAAUUUCCCCAAUCAAUCAUUUUUUCAAAAUAGAUAUUGGGUUUUUUGUGUACUCCUAUGGGCAUGGUUAGCUAUCAUUGUUAUAACAAUUUAUCAUAUACUUCCAGCUAGUAUUUUUGUUUAA